AUGUUUUAAAAAAGGCUACAAACGUGACGUGUGGCUUUCACGAAGCUGGCUAAAAUGAGGACGCGAGCGCUACUGGUAACGGGCCUGCUGCUGCUCGUCUUCUGCUGCUACGCUCAGGCCAAUGACGAGCACGCUGAGACAGAAACUGCUGCAGAAAAGAGUACAAAAGAUGCCCAGGAAGAAAUAGAAGAGCAGCCCAAGAAGGAAAAGACCAGCGAGAUAGAGGAGGAGAACAAUGUGAUGGUGCUCCAUGCCAAAAACUUUGCCAAGGCACUCAACCAGACCAAGUUUUUAUUGGUGGAAUUCUACGCCCCGUGGUGCGGCCACUGCAAGCAAUUGGAGCCCAUUUACGCCGAGGCGGCCGAGAAACUGAAGAAAGACGAGCCCGCCAUUGGCUUGGCCAAAGUGGACGCCACUGACGAGAAUGAGCUGGCCGAGGAGUUCGCCAUCUCCAGCUUCCCCGUCCUCAAGCUCUUUGUAGACGGCAACCGGAAGCAACCCGUGGACUUCACUGGUAAGAGGACAGUCACGGGGCUCAUCCAGUGGCUGAAACGUCGGACUGGUCCUGGCGCAUCUGUCUUGGACACCGCUGACUCCGCUGCUCACUUUGUUGACUCCCACAACAUCGCUGUCGUGGGAUUUUUUGAGAGUCUGGAAAGCGACGCGGCUAAGGAGUUCUCGGAGUUGGUCAUGGACAUGAUGGAUAUGGAGUUCGGCAUUACGACAUCUCCGGAGGUGUUCCAGAAGUAUGAAUUGAAAUCCGACACGGUGGUGCUCUUCAAAAAGUUUGACAACGGCAGAGCGGACUACGCCCUGUCCGACGGCGGCACGCUGGACAAAAGCAAUCUGACAAACUUCAUCCAAGAAAACAGCCUGGAGCUCAUCAUCCCCUUCACUAAGGAGACAGGAGAUAAGAUCUUCAGCUCCAGUGUUCGCCUUCACUGCCUGCUCUUCAUCAACUCCACAGUGGAGAGCCACACGGCGCUGGUGGACCGAAUCAGGGCACUCGCCAAGGCCCACAAGGGCAAGAUGCUGUUCAUCACGAUCGAUGUGUCGACCGAGCUGUCGUUCGUGCUUGACUUUUUUGGUGUGUCGGCGGCCGAUGCGCCCACAGCCCGCAUCAUGAACAUGGACACGGGGAAGAAGUUCAAAGCGGAUGCGUCGGACCUCGUGAGCGCCCUGCCGCCAUUGUGUCAGGAGGUUCUGGAUGGUACGGCCAAGCCUUACUAUCGCACUCAAGACGUGCCCGAGGACUGGAAUAAAGCGGCCGUUAAAGUCCUAGUGGGAAUGAAUUUUGAGUCGAUUGCUCUGGAUCCAACCAAGAAUGUCUUUGUGGAGUUUUAUGCUCCGUGGUGUGGCCACUGCAAGGAAUUGGCUCCCAUCUGGGACCAGCUGGGCCAAAAAUACGCCGAGCGUGAUGACAUCAUCAUCGCCAAGAUGGAUUCCAUUGCCAACGAGCUGGAGGCUGUCACCAUCACUGGGUUCCCCACACUCAAAUACUUCCCGGCAGGUGGAAAAGAGGUGGUGGAGUAUACGGGCAACCGGGAUCUGGAGACGUUGUCAAAGUUUCUGGAUAACGGAGGAGUUUUGCCUAAGGAAGAUGAUGAUAACGACGAUGACGACGACAGCCAAGCAAGAGCUGGCGAGUCUUCGGAGGAAGCGGACAACACAACGUCUCAUAAAGAUGAGCUUUGA